AGUCACUCAGCGGGGCAGCUCUGGGUGGCUCCGCUGCCUUCAGUCUGAAAGAUGCUCUCCAGAGCUGCCUGGAGUCUGCUGAUCAGGACCGGAGGACUGGGAACUCGAGGGACACACAGCCCAAGAGGCACUGCUAGCAGCCAGCGGAGGAUGAGCCCCUAUGUGGACUGCUAUGCCCAACGCUCCUAUCCCAUGCCGGAUGAACCCUUCUGUACAGAGCUCACUGAGGAGCAGCGGGCCCUGAAGGAGAAGGAGAAGGGCAGCUGGGCCCAGCUGAGCCAAGCAGAGAAGGUGGCCUUGUACCGGCUCCAGUUCCACCAAACCUUCGCAGAGAUGAACCAUCGCUCCAACGAAUGGAAAACAGUGAUGGGCUGCGUCUUCUUUUUCAUUGGCUUCACAGCCCUGGUGAUUUGGUGGCAGCGGGUGUAUGUGUUCCCUGAAAAAGUUAUCACCCUGACGGAGGAGCGGAAAGCCCAGCAGCUCCAACGCCUCCUGGACAUGAAGAGCAACCCCAUACAGGGCCUGGCUGCCCACUGGGAUUACGAAAAGAAAGAGUGGAAAAAGUGACUUGCACCACUCGUCAGCCGCUUGCCCUUGUGAGACCACCCUGGUGCAGAGCC